UCGGCGCUAACCAGUUCUUUCUUCCUCCCCAGGAUGGGCCGGCGAGACGGUGAGCGUGUCUCCCUGCGGUGAGUGUCGCCUCGAGCCGCCAUGGCACCAGCGGCUCACCCUGUGGCUGUCCGGGCCGUCCGCCUCUACCUGCUACUAAGCGGACUGCACCUCGUCCUCGGGGGCUCCCUGCUGCCGGAGGCGGGCGGAGGCGUCCGUCCGCAGCAGGAGAACUCUGACGCCUUGACAUGGGACCAGAACGCCGGCUCGGUGGCCUUCAACGUGUCGAGGGCGGUGGUGGCCCAGUUCACGCCGCCCAACAGCACCCACCGCCUCACCCACCUGGCGCUCGACCCUGAAACCGAUGACCUCUACCUGGGCGCCGUCAACCGCCUCUACCAGCUGGACGGCGGCACCUUCCUGCCCGUGCAUCAAGUGGUGACGGGGCCGCGCCUCGACUCACCCGCGUGUCACGCCGCCAGCUGCGACGACCACAUCCACCGCCUGCAGACCGACAACUACAACAAGCUGCUGGUCGUGGCACCAUCGGUCGGCGCCGUAAUCGCCUGCGGCUCCGUGUCACAGGGCGCGUGUGACACAUACCGUCUUGGUAACCUCUCGGUGCACGAAAACUACAUCCCACGCUCUGUCGCUGCCAACCACCCAAACGCCUCCACCUUUGCCUUCGUGGGCCCUGAAAAAUACAGUCCAUGGGGCGGCUCCUCCGCCCUCUACGUGGGCACCACCUUCACCACAGUGGGUGACUACCGCCAUGACGUGCCCGCCAUCUCCACCAGGAACCUCUAUGACCUUGACUACGCAGAGUACUCGUUCUCGAAACAGUCACUCGUGCGCAUCGAUGUCAAAGUACGCGACCACUUCCUGAUUCAGUACGUGUACGGCUUCACCACCAACGAUUUCGUGUACUUUGUGACGGUACAAAAGAAGUCUCACUUGCCGGGGCAGGAGGAACUGGGCUACAUUAGCCGCAUCUCUCGCUCCUGUAUCACUGACGCCAACUAUGACUCGUACACGGAGAUCACGCUGGAGUGUUUGGGCGGUGACGGCGUCAACUACAACCUGGUGCAGGACGCCAAGCUGGUGGUCGCCGGCAGCGACCUCGCCGCCAGCAUGGGCGUGCCUGAAGGCGGCUAUGUGCUCGUGGCGGCCUUCGCGCCCUCGCAGGGCCACACGGCCCGCCCCGAGGCCGCCUCCGCCGUGUGCGUGUACUCCGUCCACGACGUCGAGGCCAAGUUCAACGAGAACAUCCACAUGUGCUUCAACGGCUCGAUGCAGUACCGCGGGAUGGAGUACAUCUCGGGGCCCAUCCUCAACGGAAAGUGUCCACAGCAGGGCACCAUGGGCAACAUUCUCUCCUUCUGCGAGGUUGGCCUCAAGAUCUCAGGCCCAGCGCCCAUGGUGGGACGCGCGGCGCUGCGGCUGCCUCGCACGCUGGUGACGGGCGUGCACGCCACGGCCACAGCCGCCCACACCGUCGCCUUCCUCGGCACCAGCGUCGGCACCCUCAAGAAGGUGCUGGUGGCCUCCGCUGAAGAGGCCGCGGAGUACCAGGAGGUGGAGGUGGACCGCGGCUUCCCUCUCCUCCCUGACAUGAGGUUCGACAAGCUGAAGCGGUUCCUCUACGUCAUCUCAAGCAGCAAGGCCUCGAAGGUUAAGGUGGAGAGCUGCUCGUCCUACACCAACUGCUCCUCCUGCCUAAGGGCGCGGGACCCCUACUGCGGCUGGUGCUCGCUGGAGAAGAGGUGCACGGUGCAGUCAGCGUGCCAGAAAGCCACCUUCUCCUCGCCUCGCUGGCUCAGUUUCGGCUCCGGCCAGCAGUGCAUCGACUUCGAGAUGAUCCUGCCAGACCGCCUCCCCUUUACCCAGUCCGCCACGGUGCAGCUGACUAUCCGCACCCUGCCGGAGCUGCCCGCCGGCGCCAAGUACCAGUGUGUGUGGGGUUCUGCGCCCCCCGAGGACGGGCUGGUGACCGCCUCGGGACUGACGUGCGCCACACCCGCGCCGCAACACCGCCCGCCCAUCGCCGCCCACCAUGACCACGUGCUGGUGCCACUCGCCGUCCGCUCCAGCGAGACCAAUAAGGACUUCGUCUCCCGAAACUUUGCCUUCUACGACUGUAGCCGCCACAACACGUGCGGCAGCUGCGUGCGGAGCAACUGGGCGUGCAACUGGUGUGUGUACGAGAACACCUGCACGCACAACGCCUCCUCCUGCACAAGGAUCAUGAUCUCGGGAGAAAACAACCCCGCCCAGCUGGCGACGCACGGAGCCGGGUACUGUCCAAGGUUCUGGCCGGAACAGAACCAGCUAUUAGCGGCGGACGGGGCCACGUCCGAGCUAGUGCUGCUGGUGGAGAACCUGCCGGUGCCGCGCGCCAACCAGCUGGGCUUCCAGUGUGUGGUGAGCGUGGAGGGCGCCACCAUGAAAGUCGCCGCCAGGGUGGUGGGGAACGAAGAAGACCUGGAAGACGAUGGUGGCGGGGGAGACCCCACCACCGCCGCCACGUCAACGUACCCCCUGCAGAACCGGUGGGUGCAGCGCGUGGUGUGCGAGCCCACCGUGUAUCGCUACGAGUCCCCCGAGGGCGGGUACGAGGCGCGCGUCACGCUGGUGUGGAAUCGUGACCACGUGGUGGACGCGCGGCCGCUGACGCUGUACAAGUGCGGCGUGCUGGGCGCGCAUCGCGGCCACCACGACUGCUCGCUCUGCGUCACGCGGCACCCGCGCUACCGCUGCACCUGGUGCGGCGCCUCCUGCCGCUACGCCCCGCACUGCCCCGUGGCUGCCGCCGCCUCCUCAGCCGCACUGCAGCGCCCACCCGAGGAGGAGGCUCACAGCGGCCAGUGCCCUGCGCCCAGGAUAGACCUGAUUCAGCCGCUGGCGGGCCCGCUGGAGGGCGGCACGCUGGUCACCAUUGAGGGCAGUAACCUGGGCCUGCGGGAGGAGGACGUGCAGGGCAACAUAUUCAUCGGGGACGUGCCGUGUGAGGUGCACGAGUACCACGUGUCCGUCAAGAUCACGUGCCGCACGGGUCCGGCACCCACGCCCACCUCCACCACGCAGGACCUGCACUUCCCGCUGCGGGUCACCACGCCCGCCGGCACCACGAGCUCCACCGUCAAGUUUUCCUACACCAACGUGAGCGUGACGGGCGUGUGGCCGACGCGCGGGCCGGUGUCGGGCGGCACUGUGCUCUCCAUCAGCGGUCGCUUCCUCAACGUUGGCUCCCACGUGGCGGCGAUGCUCGACGACCUGCCGUGCAUCGUCAACAAGACGCAGUCGUCGUCGCACCGUCUGGUGUGCGUCACAUCGCGGGCGUCGGGGGAGGGCGGCAAGGACGGCGAGGCGCUGCCGGCGACGGUGCGGACACUUACGGUGACGGUGGAUGGCGCGCGCCGCACCCUCGCCUCGCCCUUCGUCUACACGCCCGACCCUAAAGUCCUGGAACUAAAGCCUCGCCACAGUCCCUGGAGUGGCGGCCGCCUCCUGACGGUGCACGGCACUCAGCUGGACGCCAUCCAGUCGCCGCGCAUCACCGUCCUGCUGCACGACCGUGUCCUCAACUCGUCCAUGUGUCGUGUGCUCAGCCACGAUCAGAUGGAGUGUCCCUCGCCGCCCGUCAACCGCGCCGUGCUACUCGCCAUGCUACGGGAGCGUCGCGGCGCCCCAGAGACCGCUCCAGAACCCAGGGCGCAGGCCAGGACCUCCCACAAAGUGUCUAGGUCUCCGCGGCAGAACUUCGGCAACUCCAUCACCCUGGACGUGGGUUUCAUCAUGGACAACGUGGCCUCCGUCAGGAACCUCCGCCACGUGCUGUCCUCGGGGGCUCGCUCGCUCAUCUACGUCCUGGACCCCGAGUAUCGCAGGUUCCCCAACGACAUCAAGCUGUACAAGGGCGACACGCUGGUCAUUGAGGGCGAGAACCUCAACCUGGCGAGUGACGAGUCGGACGUGAACGUGACCAUCGGGACCAAGCAAUGCAACGUCACCUCGCUGGCCCUGACGCAGCUGGUGUGCACGCCGCCCGAGCUGCAGCCGCCGCCCUCCGACGAGCUGGGGCGCUCCACCGAUGUUGACCUGCCGCUGGUGGUGGUCAGGAUGGGACAGAACCUCAGAUUCCCUAUCGGCUACCUCCGUUACGAGAUGAUCAAGGAGUACCAGUUCCCCCCUGAGGCGAUCGGUGGCAUGGCUGCGGGGGGCCUGUUCCUGGUGCUGGUGUCCAUGGUGAUCCUGGUGGUGUACCGCAGGAAGAGCAACCAGGCGGAGCGCGAGUACAAGCGGAUACAGAUACAGAUGGACACGCUGGAGUCUAAUGUUCGCUCGGAGUGCAAGCAAGCCUUCGCGGAGCUGCAGACGGACAUGACUGACCUGACGGCGGACCUGGAGUCGUCUGGCAUCCCGACGCUGGACCACCGCACCUACGUGAUGAAGGUGUUCUUCCCCGGCGUAGCGGACCACCCCAUCCUGCACGACCCCAAGAUGCGGACCAAUGGGUGUCGGCCCGGGAUGGAGAGCGCCACGGUGCAGUUCGAGCAGCUUGUGGGCAACCGCUACUUCCUCCUGGCCUUGAUAGAAACCCUCGAGGCGCAGAAGACCUUCAACAUCAGAGAUAAAGUGAACGUGGCGUCCCUCCUGGUGGUGGCGAUGGCGGGAAAGAUGGAAUACCUGACGGAGGUGCUGAGGCUGCUGCUGCUCCGCCUGGUGGAGAAGAGCGUGGCCACCAAACACCCCCAGCUCAUGCUCCGGCGCACCGAGAGUGUCGUGGAGAAAAUGCUGACCAAUUGGAUGGCGCUGUGCAUGUACAACUACCUGAAGGAGCACGCGGGGCCGUCCCUCUUCCUGCUGUUCAAGGCCAUCAAGCACCAGGUGGAGAAAGGCCCCGUGGACGCCCUCACUCACGACGCCCGCUACUCCCUGUCCGAGGAGCGCCUUCUGAGGGAGCAGAUCACUCACUCCUACGUGACGAUACAGCUUGUGAGGGAUGAGACGCAGUACGAGAAGAUUCCGUAUAACACUCCCAAGUCUGUGGCGGUGGUCGGGGAGGACGGGGAGAAGGCGCAGUGUCGGGUGCUGGACUGUGACACCAUCAGCCAGGUCAAAGCCAAGAUCCUGGACGCCCUGUACCGCAACACCCCGCACUCCCUCCGGCCCUCCAUCCACCAAGUCGAUCUAGAGUGGCGCCACGGUCGUAACGGGCACCUGAUUCUCGCCGACGAGGACAUGACGACCAAGGGCGACGCGGGCGGCUGGCGGCGCCUCAACACGCUGGCGCACUACGGCGUGAGGGACUCGGCGCUCAUGGCCCUCGUGCACCGCCCCCACGCCCACCUCAACAACGCCAACUGCAGCAGCGGCGCCAACUGCUCCAGCUGCUCCACCUACGGCGUGAGUGGGUCCGGCAGCCCCGUGAGUCACUGCGGCGGCGGCGGCGGCGACGUGGAGUGCGGAACGACGGAGGCGAACGUGUACCACCUGGUGAAGCCGGUGGACCACGACUCUCCGAACAGGGGCGGCGAGAGGACCCACAAGGCCAUCCCGGAGAUCUUCCUCACGCGCCUCCUCUCCACCAAGGGCACCGUCCAGAAGUUUGUUGACGAUUUCUUUAAGACGAUCCUCAACGCCAACGAGUCGCUCCCUCCGGCCAUCAAGUGGCUCUUUGAUCUCUUCGACGAGUCUGCGCGCCGCCACGGACUCAUGGACCCUGAGGUGGUGCUGGCCUGGAAGUCCAACAGUCUGCCGCUCCGCUUCUGGGUCAACUUCAUCAAGAAUCCUGACUUCAUCCUCGACGUCCACAAGAGUCCGACGGUGGACUCUUGUCUGUCCGUCAUCGCCCAGACGUUCAUGGACGCGUGUUCCACCACCGAGCACCGCCUCGGCAAGGACUCGCCCUCCAACAAGCUUCUCUUCGCCAAGGACAUCACGCAGUAUAAGGCGUCCGUGCGGGCCUUCUACCACGGCGUGAGGUCGCUGCCUCCCGUCACUGACCAGGACAUGGCAGCCUACCUGCACCACCUGAGCCUGACGCACCUGUCCGAGCUGGACUCCAAGCCGGCGGUGCAGGAGCUGUUCCACACAUACAUCACGCGCUACUACAGCCAGAUCAUCGAGACGCUGGAGGUGGACCCCAACUGCCGGACGCUCCACCUCGCCCACAAACUGGACAAUGUCAUGUGUACCAUAAACGGCGAACCCACGUCCAUGUGCUGAGGCCCGCCGCGCCCUGGCCCUCCCUUGCCCGCACCUGUCUGAGGCCUUGUGUAAAGACUUAUAAACAGAACACUUUCACCGCUGUUAUCUUACAUGCCUAGUUCCUAGCCAAAGAGUAGGUGUACGACGAUUAAUAGACAGUUAUUGUGUGUGUAUUUUUCGGGGUUCGUUGUUAUUGUAAAGACAGACAGAAACUCGCCACGACGCUGAUCUAUUCCUUCCAGUAGUCACGAGGGCCCGCCGCCCCCUCCCCCGCUGUACUUAAUCAAAUAUCUGUGAUUUUCUAAGCGUAGCGCAUUCCAGUGGGCGGCAGGGAGGGGGCGCCAGCAGGGGCCGACUUCGCUAUGUGAGGGGCGAGUUCGUUGCUGUCUGGUGCCUAUCAGUGUUGUGGGGGACGAGCUGCAGAAUCACAAGUCAGGUGGUGAUGACGGCGGCGCGUGUGAGCGAGUCUUGGGGUGAGGGGAAGACGAGCCUGGCUUCGCGUGGCAGACUCAUCGCAUUCACGUGGCAUAUGUAGACUUAUUCACUUUUCACGUGGCAUAGAUUCAUCAGUUUUUACGUGGCAUAGACUCAUCACUGUUUUCACGUGGCAAACACUCAUGAAUACACACCUUGCCAUAACACACACACACACACACACACACACACACACACACACACACACACACACACACACACACACACUUACAUACACACAAACACAUGCACCUUAUUAUUGCCUCUUGAUAAAUUCAUGGUAUUUGUAAAUAAUCGAUAAUCGGCAAAAUGGACAGUAUGAGCAGAGAAGGAGAGUGGAUGACGUUAAUAAAAGAAACAUUAUCUUAUUGUUGAGCAGAAAAAUAAAUGAUAAACUUGCUCUGUCACAGUGUUGUCCUUUUUGCUAGUUUUUUUUCUUCAUGUGUGUGUUCUGUGGACGGAAAAUGAACCUUGCCAUUUCAUUAAGGAACUAAAAGACCACAUAAGAGAUAUGAACCAGUGACAAAUGCAGUGGCUAUGAGAAAGAAAGAAAGGAUACAAGAUUGAGUUAUGAGAAAGAAAGAAAGGAUACAGGAUUGAGUUAUGAGAAAGAAAGAAAGGAUACAAGAUUGAGUUAUGAGAAAGAAAGAAAAUAUAAAAGAUUGAGUUAUGAGAAAGAAAGAAAAU